AUGCCUCCUCUCCCACUUUUCAGUUCUCCUCAGAGAGAUCUCAAACACCUUCCGGAAAGGCCUUUUCUUGAGGGACGUCUCUUAUACCUUGGCAACAUCCUGAGCCGCAAGACUUUCUCGAUUUCCUACACCACAAAGGUUACGACGCCAUCAUACUCUACUGGCCGUCUGAUCAACGAAUUCUUCCUAAGCACUGGCGACAUCUUGGCUAUUAUUACUGCUCUUGAGUUUGAGGGAAACCUCCUCCAGGUGUCUACCCCUAAGUCGGCUUUGGAUUCUGCUUCUGCAUCAACCGACAACAUUGCAAAAAUGCCGGUCACGUCUGCCCCUAUACCUACCAACAACACAUCCGAGGAUCCAGUCGCCUGUUCUCCCAUAAAUCUCCCUCAUUCGAAAGGAAGUAUCACCAUGAGCCCAUCCGCCGAUGACAAGUGUAACCCAAAACGAAUGAAGGAAACACUUGAACAACUCAGAUACCCAGCCGAAUACACAUACUCACCUCCAACAUGGGACAAAGGAAAGGUAGAACAUGCUACAAUGAUGCGAAUGGCAGAACGAGAAAAGGAGGACGGACGAUCCCUACUCGUUAAUUACGGCAAUAUGGAGGACGGUAUCCGAGUGCGAUGCCAACCCAACCCAUCUCCCCUGGCGAUGGAUGAUGAACAUCGAAAAACGACGUGGAUUUAUGUCGUAUCACCCGAGGCGUCCCACAUUACGAAGCGCAUCACCCUUGACCAACUGCCCGAGUGGGAGGCAAAAGGCUGGAAGGAGUUUCAUGUUCGCAGAGACCACAUUGCCGAGGGAACGGAUUUCGAUAAGCGCAAGAUAUCACUUAUCCAAGACGUUUAUACAACCGAUAAACCGGCCAUGGAUACCCUCUGGAUCUUCCCAACUGGGGUCUGCCUCUCGGAAAUAUCGGACGAUGUCAUCUGGGACUCGAACAAGCUUAUCCAUCCCAACGGGGUCAAAGCCAUUACAUCAACCUCGGAUGUGUUCAUCGGGCCGCUCGAGGAAGGUAGUUCUGCAACCGCCACUUCUCAAGGCCACCACGUAAAGCAUCCACGUCCAAGACAGGUUGGUGCUGGCUGGGGUGACUACGACCAUUACCACGAGUGGCAGUUGGGCGGACGAAAGGUUAUGUCCCACAUGGUGCCAGAGAAGUCCUGGCCGACCUCAAUCCCCGACACUGUGAGAUUUGAGAUCACUAGCGGAAAGCCGAGGCCCGGCGAUGUCUUCAGCACUGAGAACGAAAUAUUCGACGAGCCGCUUGGCGACGCUUUCCCCAGAUCUAGCCCUAUUGGUCUUCGGGAACGCUUGUUGAAGUCUGAAGAAACAAAAGCGAACCGUAACAACAAGAAACCUUCCAGACAUAGAAGGUAG